AUGGGCGCCUAUCUCUAUGGGCGCCUAUCUCUAUGGGCGCCUAUCUCUAUGGGCGCCUAUCUCUAUGGGCGCCCUAUCUCUAUGGGCGCCUAUCUCUAUGGGCGCCUAUCUCUAUGGGCGCCUAUCUCUAUGGCGCCUAUCUCUAGGGGUGCCUAUCUCUGGGCACCUAUCUCUAUGGGCGCCUAUCUCUAUGGGCGCCUAUCUCUAGGGGCGGCUAUCUCUAUGGGCGUCUGUCUCAAGGGGCGCCUAUCUCUAGGGGUGCCUAUCUCUAUGGGCGCCUAUCUCUAUGGGCGCCUCUCUUUAGGGGCGCCAAUCUCUAGAGGCGCCUAUCUCUAUGCUAUCUCUUUGGGCGCCUAUCUCUAUGGGCGCCUAUCUCUAGGGGCGCCUAUCUCUUGGGGCGCCUAUCUCUAUGGGCGCCUAUCUCUAUGGGCGCCUAUCUCUAUGGGCGCCUAUCUCUAUGGGCGCCUAUCUCUAGGGGUGCCUAUCUCUAUGUGGCGCCUAUCUCUGUGGGCGCUUAUCUCUAUGGGUGCCUAUCUCUGGGGGCGCCUAUCUCUAUGGGCGCCUAUCUCUAUGGGCGCCUAUCUCUAG